AUGAAUCGAACUCUUGUCGAGAUGGCCCGAUCAAUGAUACAUCACAUGGAAGUUGAUCUUUCUUGGUGGGCUCAAUGCAAUCAUUAUCAUGAUGAUUUAGACGAAGUAAAGGUGGAAGUACCUGAUUUGAACAAGAAUAACGAGGAUGACGAAAUGGACGUUGAUGAAACUGCUGACAAUGAUACUAGUUGGGAAGACAUGGUUGUGGAUGCGUCUGGAGAUCUCAAUCAGUCGCAUAACUUAGAUGUUGUUCCGAUUGAGGGGGAGCGCACAGACAUACAAGUCAUUGACACAAACAAUUCGAUGAUAAGUCGUACUUCACACGAAUCGGUCGCUGGAAGUAGCAAUAAUGGUACACACAUGCUCUCAGGAAUACCUGAUCAGUCGCGAGCUAUUAUAGUUUGUGAUAAUUCCCGUGCCCCAGAUGAUCGAAUGGGGAUAUACUCAGGGUCGAACAAAAGACCUUGUAGUACAUUCACGUCAUCUCGUCUACUCACGAAUGAUGAUUUUGACGAUAAGAGGAUUGAUAUACCGCUUUUAUCUGAUGGAUCACCUGUCGAUGGCGAACAUGAUGAGCCGGACCCUAAAUGUCAAUGUGUUGACGACUACGAAAUAUCGCUUUCUGCUACUGAUGUACCAAUGAAUUUACGAGAGGCAUUACAGUCGAUGGACGCAGAAAAAUGA